AUGGAUACUACCGCAUCAGACUCUGAAAUAGCACAUUCAAUUAUUAAUCUUUCAUCAUCAUCAGCAUUAAUUGGUUCUUCUAGCAGUCAAAUAAGCGAUCAACAAGCACUUCAAGACUUUUCCCUCUUCGUCCAGAGAACUGACCAGGAAACUGCAUCAACUCUUCCUAUCAAUGAUCAUGAGAGUCCUGUUGAGGGUGAAAAACCUGCCCUUAGAAAGGGAAGACCAAGUAGAAAGAAGGGUAGACUCUACAAACAAACAGAAAACUUGGAAGACUUUCCAGAACCAAUGCCAAUUCCAACAGUAGGUUCAUCACGAAGAGGUAAAAAGGUUAAGAGUCAAUCUCCAUCCUCUCCACCUUCCUAUCAGCCUGUAUUUUCACAAGCUGUUGUUUCACCUCCACCUUUCUUGCAACCUCCAUCAAGCAGCAAUCCACAAUCAAGCCAAUAUCCACAACCUUAUUCACCAUAUAUACUUUCAUCUCCACCAUCAUCAUCAAAGAAAAGAUCUAAAUCCAAUGCUUCUGACGAUGAAUAUGAAGAAGGAAGAAUUACCUUUUCCCAUACAUUACCUCCACUUACUAUUCCUCAAGUGAGAGUUCCUCCAGGAACACAACCUGUUUAUAUUGUUGUUCCAGUCCCAAUGUAUCAUCCUCAUCCAACAAACUAUUCUCAACAGCAACAACAACAACAGCAACAGCAAUAUCAAGAACAAGAUAAUAGUAGUGAUAGUGAUUACCAAGCAUCAAUUAUUGAAGAUGAAAUUGAAGAAAGAACCCCUACCAAGAGAAAUUAUGAAAAGAAGAGAAAGAUUGAUGAAGAGGAAAAGAUAGAAGAAAUGAAGAGAAAGAGAAUUGAAAUUGAUGAUAAUAACGAUUCUCUCUUUGAUAGACUUGUUCCUGGUGAAGGUAUUCUCUAUAGAAGAAGAAGAAAGUUGAAUACCAAGCAUAAGGCUGAUGAGGCUAAUGGUUGUAGUGAUAGAAUGUACUCUCUCUUCCCAAAGAUUUCAACAUGUUGUGGAAAGACAAAGAGUUUAGCCUACAAUGGAUCUCAAGCAGCAUUGGUUACUAACGAUGCAAUUGAUCAUCAUGAUGAAAAUAAUAGUGAUGGAAUGACCAAAUUAACUUCUCCACAAACUCCUCAACAACAAUCACAACAACAACCAAUAUCAUCAUCGUCGGCGAUGGAAACAGGUUCAGACAGUUCUUCUCCAUGCUCCUCUCCAACAAGUCCAACCAUGAUGAUCACCGAUACGAGCCCACCAACAAGUCCUACCGAUAAUCUUCUUCAAAGUAAUAUUAAGAGAAAGAAAUCAGUAACAUUUCAUCCGAAAAUUGUUACCUCUUCGAGACUUCUCUCUCCAGCAACACCACACAUCCAAGAUGAAGAAACUGAUGAUGCAGUAACAACUCCAGAAAAUGAUCCAUCCAAUCAUGGCACUAAUUCAUCAAUCUUUUUCAAACAUCCAUUCUGGUUAGUGAAUGCAUUUCAAAAAUCUUGGAGAGCCAAAUUACAGGACAUGGAUGAAGAGGAUGAAAAUUCUCCCAAUUCUCUCACAUUGGAGAAGGUUAUGAGUCGUUCCAUUGAUAUUGAAAGCCCUAUUUGGUACUUUAUUCCAAAGAAAUUAAUUACCAAAUACUCCUCAUCACCAUUGAAUGAAAAACUUGUUGCCGAUUCACAAACUACCAUCAUUGAUUCGUAUGAUAUUGAGGAGAGUGUACUGGAUCCUAAAUAUGAAGUCUACUUUAAUUAUUGGGCUCAAUUGAGGGAUACACUAUUCUUAAAGCUGAGGAAGGAAAAUAGGAAAAAGUCUGAAAAGAAUUCUUCAAAUAUUCAAUUGUGGCAUGGAUAUCAUAAUGCUGCCAUUCUUUCAUUCUUUAUUGAGACACAGAGAGAAAGUUUAUGUGAUUUGCAGAAGGCUAUUCACUUUCGUAUUUUUGACCUCUUAUUUGAAUCAAUAGCUCAAAAUACAGCUGAAAAGGAGGAUAAUGUUACAGUUAUUUCAGAUCAAGAAUUAACAUUGAUGAAAACAGUUUGUUUUCUCUAUAUAGAAACCGACCAUUUAUUCCAUGCUUCGAGUGUGCUCUACCAUAUUAUUAGAAAUUACUGUUUCACUCCAGAGAUUUAUCAGAAACUUGUUCAGAAAUGGAAUAAGGCUUCUGGUACCUCUUCUUCACCUAGUAGUAGUACUGCUAAUGGCAAUAACGAAAACAAGGCCGAGGCUUUCCCUGCUGUCAAUAUGGACUGGAAGGUCAUUUAUUUGGUCCUUCGACUAAUUUCAAAAUAUAUCGAACACAAACAAAAUAACUCACAAAGAGAAAAUUUCACUUCCCUUUCUCAAUAUGAAGAAUAUUGUAAGGUUGGAAAAGGAUUUUCUCAACUUUCCAUAGAUGAUUUGACUUUCUUCAGAAGUGCAAUCAUUGAAAUAAUAUGUAAAUUCAAGCCAAAUCAUGAUCUCUAUAGUUUAUGGAAAGGAAAAUGGGAAAUUCCAGAAAGUGCUGCUGCUAUGAACCCAUUAAAGUUUCCAAAACUCGAAUCUGAGCAAGAAAUCUUGGAAAAUUGCUUUUACAUUUUACAUUUGGUUAUUUCCAAAGAACGAGAAAGAAUGGUCUCUGAAAAGGAAUCUCCAGCCACAAAUCUGGAAAAGGAUUCCAUUAAGGAUUUCAUUCGUGGAAAACCAUCAGAAAACAAAUCAUCACUAACUCUAAUGGGGCGAUUACGAAAUUGGUUACACAACCUCAAAUCAUCAUUGAGGAGAACUAAUUGGCGUCGUUUGAUCAUGUACAUUGCUGGAAUUGUUGGAAUUGGUAUUAUAACCAAGAUGAUUUACCAAUUCUUCUCUCCUAGAAGUACUUUCAUUGAUGAGAGGAAUGAUUUUAGUUUGAGUAGGAAUGAAUUACAUCUUCCUUACUUGACCAAUACAACCAGCCAAACUUUCUUACCAUCUCCAUCACUGCAUCAAAGAACUGAUUUUGCAGAUACUAACAACUUUGGCUUACCUAAAACCCUCGGAGGUCAAGUCACCAAAUCGACAACAUCAUCAAUUAUUCCACCACCUAUUUCAACACUUGGAACUAAUAGCAAGCAACAUCCUGAAAAUCUCAAUCUCUCCAAAGAUAAUAUUCAAACCAUUUUAAAGCCAAGUACAUUCAAAGAAGAUUUUUACAAAAAGAUUGAGUCACCAAAUAAGCAACCAACUGAUAUUAUUGUUGAAAGAGAUUUCAAUUAUAUUACCUCAUUGAGAAAUGAAAUGGAUCACGUAUUUGAUGUUACAGAAAGGAUGAAAAAGCCAACUCAACCAAACAAAGUGGAACAACCAAGUAGUACAAACAAGAAACCAAUUGUUACCUUCCAGGUAGGCGAGCAACAUGAUAGAAUAGACGAUGAUGAUCUUUCUCUAUCUCAUAAUAAGAAGCAAUCUUCAACAAAACUUUCGCACGACGAGGAUCCAUCAAACUACACACCAAAGAGUAUUGGAGAUGAGCUUCCUCCAUUCACUGGAGGUACAAAUUCUAAUUUGGCUUCCUUUAUUGGAACAGAACAACCAGUUCUUACUAACAAGGCAGCAGCCACUGCCAAUAACAGACUCAACAACCUUAACAGAACUGUCAAUGCAACUGCCAACAGAGUGCCAAGACAAACACCAAGAAAGACAACAAAUACACCAAAUACCACUGGACCAAAGGUGUUCGGCAAAAGAAAGCAAAACUUGUGAGAAUAAAUAUUUUUUAAUUUGC